AUGAAGUUUAUAGCAAAUCAAUUGCAUUAUUGUAUAUUGUUGUGUUGUUUCAAUAAUGCCAGCGUUUUGCUGCGUAGCGGAUUGUGUAGAUAGAUAUAGCCAUUCGGGGAGUAUUUCAUAUCAUAAGUUUCCAAUAAAAAGACCCGCGCUAUUGGAAAAAUGGUUGGAGUUUAUAGGUCGCUCUAAGGAUUGGACACCCUCAAAGUGGAGUACAGUGUGUUGCCGUCACUUUGUAACUGAUGCCUUCAGCAAUUUAAAUGGAAGGAAGACACUUAAAAAAGAUGCUUUUCCGACAAUUACAACAUACGUCAAUCAAAAACAGGAAAAUGAAAAUAUAUGCAUUAAAGAAGUGUACACUCCACCAAAGUCCUAUGUUGAACAUGAACCAAGUAAGAAUGUGGAACAAAUGCCACAUGAGGUUUUUACAAAUACUGCAAUUAAUCCAUUAGUUGAACAAUUUUGUUGCUUGUGUUACAAUAAUAAUAGAUUUGACUUAUCAGUUGUAAGCGAUAGCAAUAUUUUUCAAUAUAUACAAAAAUGCUUGCCAUUGCUUAAUAUCCAACAUAAUGAUUUGUUACAAGUAUGCAGUAACUGUUUGGAAGACAUAGAAUCUUUAAAUCGAUUUAUUCAUAAAAUAGCCGAAGCUAUUCGGAACCAAAAGGUGUCAAAAAGCAACAUUUCAAGUAAAUCUAAUGAACGGCAGUUAAAAAUAAAACAAGAACCAAUUACAAGAGUUAAACAGGAAUGUGCAGAGCAAGUAUCUGAUAUAUAUGAGGAAGAUUUUGAUUAUGGAUUUGAUGAUACGAUUGAGCACGAUCACGAUUGUGAUGUUGAGCAAAAGUUUCCAUUUAAUAGUUUAUCUACGCUUAAUACAAAGGAUAUAAUAAAUAAUUGCGAUAUUAUGGAAAUAGUCAAUUUAGAUGAUCCUUUUAUAAAUAUUAUUGACGAUGAUGGUAAUACGAAUUUGGAAGGCUUUGAGGAACAUACACCACCAAAUGAAACCGCUGCUGUGGUAAAUAAUCAUUUAUUACAGCAGUUAAUAUCAGAAGAGCAUAACUACGUAGAGGUAGCAAGAGAGUUAAAGUAUGAAGGUCAAAUAAGAAAUGUUUAUAAGACUGAAAAAAAUGAUAGUCAAGAUAUGCUGAACACGGAAGAUUAUAUGGGCGAUAAUACAAUUAGUGAAAAUCUAAGUUUAAAUGUUAAAGAUAUAUCGCAAUCAAUUAAUAAUAAUGAUGAUAACUGCCGAUCUCUAAAACCUAUCGUAACUUCGAUAAGUAAUAUCUUAGAUUCUUCAAUACAAUUUCCUGUUAAUACCAAUAUAAGUACAUCAAAAAAUCUUUUUGUAACAAGUGUGCGAGAUAUGUCCACUACUGAACAAGCAAUGCCACUACUGAACAACAAACCUUAUACAAAACCUAAUAUUGUUGUGCUGAAUGAAAGUAUAGUAAAAUCUCCACAUGCGUUUUGUUUACAAACAUGCUGCGUUUGCCAAUCAAAUUUCUUCAGUGUGCAAGCAUUAACGCAACAUUAUAGAGCUAUUCACCAUCAAGAACCAAUGGUGACGAUACCAACAGCAAAUGUGAUGACUCAAAAUAAUGAGAAUGAUGUCUCAAUUAUAAAGAAAGGUAAUCUACUAAAUAUACUUAAUGAUAGCAUUGAUAUUGAUGAAUUCUGUAAGGCUAUCGAUUUAAUUGAGAAUCCAGAUCAUAAUUCAAUUAAAAAUAGUAAGACAACAACAUCUCAAAAUUGUUGUUCACAAGCAAGACAUACUGAGCAAAACGACGAUCUUGAACCUACAACAAAUAAUACUUUUGGGGAUAGUUUGCAGAAUUCAAAGAAAAUAAAUGGUUCAGUAGAUUUAAAACAAUGUCAUCAGAAAAAUAAUGGCACAAUUACAAACAAUGAAGUUCAUAAUAGUUUUAUAGAUCCAAAUAAGAAUCAUGCCACUGGAGUCACUGGAGUAAUCACAAGCUGUUCUAUAGAUUUAAAAGACUCGGAGAAAAAACAAAAUAGUGAAACUUCAGCAAAUAAUGAAAUUCAUUAUAUUUCUACAGAUUCGAAAAAAAACAAUAACAUUGCACCAGCGUCAACAAGUUUCUUAACAGAUUUAGCGCAAUCUGAUUCGUUAAAUAAUACUAAACCAACAACAAGCAAUAAAUUUCAGAGUUCUAAAUGUGAAGGACAACUAGUUACCCGACCACCAAUGUCCAAAACUUUUUCAACAGAUGUACAACAGUGCAAGCAUAAGAAAAGUGAUCAAAGACGAUCAAGCUACGAUUUGCAUGAAAUUUUUAUUGAUCAAAGAAAGAAUAAUGCCACUGUGCUGACAACAAAAAAUGGUUCAUUAAAUUUAAAAGAACCUGAGCGAAAGGGAUUUACAGAUAUAACAGCAAACAUGAUGUUGUUUGAUGAUAAUGUUUUAAAAGAUGCAAGAAAACACAAUAUCACUUCAACAGAUUCAACAGAAACCGAGCGAAGGAAGAAAGAAAAGAAAAGUAACAUCAUUGCUCCAGUGCCCAAAAAUCGUACAACGAAUUUAAAAAAAUCCAAGCAAAAUGUAAAUAGUAAAGUAAGAGCAAACAAAGAGCUCCAUGAUGUUUUAACAGAUCCAAGAAAAAAGAAAACCACUUCAACACUGCACAAAACUCGUUCAACAAAUUUAAAAAAAUCCAAACAAAAGAUUAAUAGUGAAGUAAAACCAAACGAAGAGCAUCAUGAUGUUUUAACAGAUCCAAGAAAAAACAAAACAACUUCAUCAUUGCACAAAAUUCGUUCAACAACUUUAAUAAAAUUCGAGAAAAAGAAAAGCACUGAAGCAAGAGUAAAGAAUGAGUUUCAUGAUGUUUUCCCAGAUCCCGGAAAAAACAUCACUUCAAAAUUGUCAAAAAUAGGUUCAACAAAUUCAAAAAAAUCCGAGCGAAAGGAAAAUAGUGGAAAAACAGCAAACAAUGAGCUGCAUUGUUUUUCUCCUAUAGCUAAAAGGAGAAAAAAAACAAUUUCAUGGACGUCUAAAAGAUCCUUAACAAAUAUGCGGCAAUACAAGCUGGAAGACAAUAAUGAUGUAAUAGUAACAAGCAAUCGUACUUCUAAAAAUCCAAACAUCAAAAAAUUAACUAAAGCACGUGUUUCCAAAAAAUCUUUAACAGAUAAACAACAAUAUAAGCAGAUAAAAAAUAUCAAACCAAGUACAAAUAGUAAUGAUUCCUUGAGUACGGAGAUCUGUGCCCCAGAAGCAAAGAAGAAAAAAAAGGAAAUAAAACCUCAAGUCUUCCAACAGCUUAACAGAAAUCUAAAGCGUGCUAAAAAAGGAAUUGAAUCUAAGGAGGAUUUGAAAUAUUUUGAUAGCAAUAGAUUUAAACGUCUUUUAAAAUCAAAAAUACAAAUGAGGAGAUCUGGACUUAAUCAUAGCAAAAAUUUAUUACAUUGUAACAAGUGUCAGAAAAUUUUUGGAAAUAUUAAAAAACUCAUAGACCAUAAGAAAAUGUCGCACUACAAUAAUCAGAAACGAAUUGUAGUUGCUUGCGUUUAUAGGUGUAAUAAAAUUUUUCACAAUAAAAAGGCUCGUAAUCUGCAUAUGAGAUAUAUGUGUCAUGGUACAGUAUUUAAUUUAUCGCAUCCAAAAUACCAAGUGUCUAGUAUACAAGAAAAACACAAAUCAAGGGCGACUGUAAAUAAGCAAACAAAAUCUUCGAUUAUUGAGAAUAAGGUGUCAUAUAAACUUAAGCAUUUUGUAAAUAAUAUAAAUAAUGAAAAAAGUGGAAAACAACGUAAAACAAAAAAGAAAUCCGGUUCAUUCAAAUGUUCAUUUUGUCAGAAGGAAUUUCAGUACAAGAAACACUUAAAACAACAUUCUAUAACCCACGAGAAUAGUAAAUUCAAAUGUAGUUUAUGUGAAAAGACCUUCCAACGAAAACAUGGCAUGGAUCAGCAUGUACGUGUAUUUCAUAUGGGUAUACGACCGUUCAAAUGUAAUGUGUGUUCAAGACCCUUUAGUCUUAAACACGAUAUGCUGCUAUGUAAACACAAAAAAAGCUAUAAGAAGAGCACUAAUCGUAAAGACAAUACGUAAUAUCAACACUUAAAGGCGCUCAGAUGUGCUCACAUAAUCUCAUAACUAUAAAAAUAUAAUUAAACUAAGUUACCUUAAAUGGAUGUGAUAUGUUUCAAUUAUAAAUUGCACAUACAUAGAUAUAUAUUAUACAUCCGAUUUCGCUCAAUCAAUUGUCAGCUAGGUUGGCGCAUAUAUAAAUUUUAACUUUUAUUAUUUAUUUAUUUAUUAUAACACACGAUUUUUAUAUAAAGUAAAUAUAUGAGACAUGUUUUUAUGCUGACUGCAUAAGAAUGGACACAAAUAUUUUAUAACUGUCCGUGUAGACAUCACAAGCGACAGAUUGUCAAAACAAUAGUUUUAAACUACGUGUUUUUAAGUUUUUAAUAAUUGAAAAAUAAUGUGUACUCUAUAAUUUAAAAUCUAGAAUUUGAUAUUGUUAAGUAACAAAACACAAUAAAAGCAAAAAGUUU